AUGGUGCUUUCAAGUCAGACACUCAGUAUUCUUAUCGGCGCCCUGUCGGUGAUCCUGGCUUAUAAAUAUGUCGCAUCGUGGAAACAAAGCCGAGUCGACGUCCAAUUCGCUGCCGAGAAAGGAUGCCAGCCUCUUAAGCCUUGGAGUGCAAAAUGGCCUCUAGGUCUUGAUCUGUUGAUCAGAGCAUUCCGCUACGAUGCGAGGAAGCAGAUCCUUCGAUUGUUCGUCCAAGUCUGUAACGAGUCAGGCACGACAUUCGAGCAGCAUCUUCUGUUUGCCCGAGGAGUCAAUACAAUAGAGCCUCGAAAUCUCGAGGCGGUGCUAUCCUCUCAGUUUAACGACUUCAAUCUGGGCCUUCGACCCGUCCAUUUUGACCCUUUGAUGGGCAGUGGCAUCUUCACUCAAGAUGGCGCUCAGUGGCGCCACUCUCGCGAGCUUCUCCGUCCCCAAUUUAUGAGUAAUCGCUUUGACAACUUCGAGCAGAUCAAGGAUGCUGUGAAUGAUCUCAUUGCGAAUGUUCCCGAGGAUGGCGUGGUAGAUCUACAACCCCUCUUCUUCCGGCUCACUUUUGAAACUACGCUCUUCCUGCUAUUCGGUCAACAUCUUCCAUCUCUCAAGUCUGAAGGCAUCUCCAACCAGGAAGGAGAGUUCUCGGACGCCUUUAACACUGGUCAAGAUUAUCUUGCCCAGCGAGGUCGUCUAGGCGAGUUUUACUGGAUCUUCUCUGGUCCUAAGUUUCGACAGGCCUGCCGAAUCUGUCAUGACUUUGUUGAUAGCGCGGUGAAGAAGGCAUUGGAAUAUUCAAGCCAAAAGACUAUCGACUCAGAGAAAGCAUCUUACACGUUUAUCGAUGCACUUAUUCAGGAGACGCGGGAUCCCAAAGCAUUGCGAGAUCAGUGUCUUAAUAUCUUGCUAGCGGGAAGAGACACAACAGCCUGCUGCCUCACAUGGACCAUCCGCCUCCUCGUUCGUCACCCCGAGGUCCUUGCGAAACUUCGCCGCGAAAUCGAAGAAACAGUCGGCGUGGGCCCAGAAGCAUCCGACCCCGUCAUCUCCCAAGUCAAGAAGCUCCCCUAUCUAUCACUAGUCAUCAAAGAAGUCCUCCGCCUCUACCCAUCCGUCCCCGUGAAUUCACGAGCAGCCGAACGAACAACCACCCUGCCAACAGGCGGUGGUCCGGACGGCACAGCACCAGUCCUCAUUCGAAAAGGCGAAGCAGUAGGCUACUGUGUUUACGUUAUGCAUCGCCGUAAAGAUUUAUACGGACCCGACGCUGAGGAGUUCCGACCCGAGCGUUGGGAGAAUGGCACGCUGAAGAAUAUAGGAUAUGGCUAUUUGCCAUUCAACGGCGGUCCUCGCGUGUGUCUGGGACAGGAAUUUGCUUUGCUGGAAGCGGCGUAUACUGUUGUUAGGCUUUUGCAGACGUAUGAGAGUAUUGAGAUGGUUGAGGGUAAAGAGUUUAAUAUGCCUGUUGGGCAUGAGAGGCAGCUCCUGACUUUGGUUGUGUCGAGUGCAGAUGGGUGUUGGGUUAAGAUGAAGAAGUAUUCUAGUUAG